GAGCUUUGCUUGCGGCACUUGCAGCUCCUUAAAGAUAGAGAAAGACAAAAGACUCGUAUUAGCGCGGACUCGUGAGAUUUUUAUUGCUGGAACAUUGGCAAAAUGAGAUCGCGAAUGUCGAUAAUCCCGAGGCUCGUCGCCCAAAUGUGGGAUCAAAUGGAGCGGUCCCAUCGGCUCGUCGAUCAACACUUUGGCGUGCCAAUCAACCCGGAACAUUUAUUCACCCCGAGCUUACUCGAUAACCGGAGAUUCGUGCCGCAGUAUCGGCCGUGGAUCGAUAUGAUGCGAGAUGACGAUCCGGGCUACUCAAUGAUCAAGAAGGAUAAGUUUCACGUGGCCCUUGACGUCCAGCAGUUCAAGCCCGACGAGAUCAAUGUGAAGGUCAUCGAUAAUUACGUCGUCGUCGAGGGCAAACACGAGGAAAAGCAGGAUGAUCACGGAAUCGUUUCCAGACAUUUUCUACGAAAGUACAAAAUUCCAGAUCAAUGCGAUCCAGAGAAAGCAACCAGCACACUCUCGUACGAUGGUAUUUUAACAGUCGUUGCGCCAAAAAAAUUCGAGGCUAUUGAAAAGAAGAAUGAAAGAAUCUUGAAGGUUGAGAGAACGGGAAAGCCAAUGUCUGAAAAGGAGAAGGGGGAAGAAGCUGCAAUGGACAAUGAACGAGCGGCAGAAAGACAAUGAGAAAUGACAGUCGCGGUGGCAUUAGUGAACAAUAAUUUGUAAAACUUGGCUCGCGCGUCGUUGGCCUUUUGUAUAAAAAAUUGUAACGAUUAUAUAA